AGCUCUUCUAUUUCGUAAUUCUAUCAUAUCACGCUUUCUAACGCUUAACCUAUGGUCGCACCAGAUACCAUUUAAGUAAACAGCACAAAAAUAUUCUCAAACCCAGCCUUUUUCUUCUUCCUCCCUCUAUCGACCUAUCUAUCCUCAUACUAACUCCUUUCUAUUCCAUAUCAGCUAGACAAGCAAAGACUAAGAAAGCAAAGAUAGAGACUCAUCAUGACUCUAUCAAUCAAGGCCGCCCUUGUCGCCGCCUCCCUCGCCUACAUCACCACAGGAAACCCUCUCCCUCAGGGAGGUAUAAUAACUGGACAACCCCCCAGAUUUCAGAAUGCGAAGCGUGAUGGAGGAGGAGUGGACGAGAUGAUGGAAUUCCUCGAUUUCGAGAACGGUUCGGGCGUUCUUGUUCAGGGAGAUGAAGAUUGCACUGCUAGGGUCUUGCAGGUUCCUAAGCUGAACAUCGGCCCUACUCGCACCAUCUUCACUACCACUACCACGACUGACAGGAUCAUCGACUGCGGUCCUUGUACCAACAACUCGCCCAUCCCUAUCCCGCUAGGCGUCCCUCCAGUCGCUAUAUUCAAAACGACAGUCACGGCCGUGGAACCGUACACAGAGACAGAGCUCGUGUGCGGCACCCCCACAACUAGCCCUUCGAUCGAAGCAUCCGCGAAAACGACAGCCAUCACUUCUGUCUCAUUCAGGAUCACCAAGGAGAGUAUCACCACCGUCACUGUAACUAAAGCUUCCCCAGAGAACGUCGCCGCCGCGGUCACGACCUCAGCUGCUACUAUCCCAUCUUAAGUCACUGCGCAAGGUAUUGUCCCUCACACCGACGUUCCCGUCGGGACAAUGUUACCAGAGUGCGUUCUAACUUACGCCCUCCAGGAUGACCGCCAGGACCCAACGAGGACGGUGUAUACUUCGACCGUCACGCGUACGAAGUAUAGGGCGUGUGGCCAAUGCGCGCUUGUGUGGUAAAGAGCUGAGUGAUCCCACCAUCACGUCGUUCGUGAAGACGGUGACGAAAAAGAAACCCAAGCCUGAGACGGUGCUUGUAUGCUCGGAGCAUAAGUAGCGGGAAGCUAUGUAAGGGAUGUGUGGGACGUGCGAGUUUGAAUAG